AACGUCCCGUUAUUUCAGCCAUGUAUUUUAGCCAACACCUCCAACUGCCACGUGCUUCCUUGUCCCCUUACAAGACAAAACUUCUGCAUUUUAACUGCAAAUAGUUGUUCACUUUCUGAACUAGUUUGUUCCUUGUUAUCUUCAACGAAAGAUCAUCAUAUAAACGAAUUUUACUUCAAAUCCAUCAAAAAAGAAGCAACCAAGAACGAAGUUUUAAAGAAAUGUCAGGUGGGGUUGGUGUAUGUAGUGACAUUAGUUUACCAAAAGAUGAACACUUUCCACAGGACAAGAAUCAGACCAAAUUCCCCAACAAUAAAAAACCUCAGCACCAAAACAGACGAUUCUUCACUUUCAGACAACUUAACGCCCUUGCCGUUGUAAUCGUCUUUUCUUCUAGUGGUAUGGUGAGUGUUGAGGAUUUCGCUUUUGUUAUAUUUUCUCUAAUUUACAUGUACUUCAUUUCCAUAAUUGCCUUCCCACCAAUUUCUCCUCAAACAGAACCUCCUGUUUUUAGCGAAAACAACAAGUUACUUACUUUUUAUGUUACAAUUGGAGCAAUUGUGGGGUUAUUUCUCCCCAUAGCUUAUAUUAUCGAAGGUAUUUACGAGGGUGAUAAAGAAGGUAUUAAAGCAGCAGCGCCACAUGUUUUCUUGUUGGCCAGUCAAGUUUUUAUGGAAGGAUUGGCAUUUACUGAUAGAUUUUCGCUACCUGUACGUGUAUUUGUUCCAGUAUUUUACAAUUCGAGGAGGAUUUUUACAAUUAUGGAAUGGUUGACAAGUGAAAUUUCUAAAGUGGAUCAAGAAUAUGGAGGAAAUGUGAGGAGGUUGUAUAUGGGUAGAGCUUUAGCUGUUGCAAAUAUGGUAUUUUGGUCCUUUAAUUUAUUUGGUUUCUUGUUGCCUGUGUAUCUUCCUAAGGCCUUUAAGAUAUAUUACUCUGACCGCAAACUAAAAGAUUGAGUAAAGUAAGUAGUAUUUCUCAGGCUUUUAUUUUCAUUUUCCAAAAGAUUCAAGUAGUUGUGAGAUGUAUGUUAUGGUGAACAUAUAAAUGGAUUUGUAUUUUCUGUCAUC